ACAGACCUGUAGGAGCUGAAGUGGGAGCCCAAGAGCGCGAUUCUUUCUGAGUCCCUGGGUAAGACGAACCUACUUUUCUUGGCUGUGGGAUUGCUUUGCUUAGUGGGAGGCAUGCGGCACCUGGGGAGUGGUUCGGAAAGGCCACUUUGAUGAGUGACUUGGGCAUCUGAGCUCCAGCUUCAGGCUUUCCUGACUCUCUAGUAUCAAGGCUUCCCCAGAAGCUUCAACUCUGGAGGCAAUGGGUCGAAAGGAAGAUGACGACUGCAGUUCCUGGAAAAAGCAGACCACCAACAUCAGGAAAACCUUCAUCUUCAUGGAAGUGCUGGGAUCAGGAGCGUUCUCUGAAGUUUUCCUAGUGAAGCAAAGGGUGACCGGAAAGCUCUUUGCGCUGAAGUGCAUUAAGAAGUCACCUGCCUUCCGGGACAGCAGCCUGGAGAACGAGAUCGCAGUGCUGAAAAAGAUCAAACAUGAAAAUAUCGUGACCCUGGAGGACAUCUACGAGAGCACCACACACUACUACCUGGUCAUGCAGCUUGUUUCUGGAGGGGAGCUCUUUGACCGGAUCUUGGAACGUGGUGUCUACACAGAGAAGGAUGCCAGCCUGGUGAUUCAGCAGGUCUUGUCAGCAGUGAAGUACCUCCAUGAGAAUGGCAUUGUGCACCGAGACUUAAAGCCUGAAAACCUGCUGUACCUCACCCCUGAGGAGAAUUCCAAGAUCAUGAUCACAGACUUUGGACUAUCCAAAAUGGAGCAGAGUGGCGUCAUGUCCACUGCCUGUGGGACCCCAGGCUAUGUAGCACCAGAAGUGUUGGCUCAGAAGCCUUACAGCAAGGCCGUGGAUUGCUGGUCCAUUGGCGUCAUCACCUACAUACUGCUGUGUGGGUAUCCCCCUUUCUAUGAAGAAACUGAGUCUAAGCUUUUUGAGAAAAUCAAGGAGGGCUACUAUGAAUUUGAGUCUCCAUUCUGGGAUGACAUCUCUGAGUCAGCCAAAGAUUUCAUUUGCCACCUGCUGGAGAAGGACCCAAGCGAGCGGUAUACCUGUGAGAAGGCCUUGAUGCACCCCUGGAUUGAUGGAAACACAGCUCUCCACUGGGACAUCUACCCGUCGGUCAGCCUCCAGAUCCAGAAGAACUUUGCCAAGAGCAAGUGGAGGCAAGCCUUCAAUGCAGCCGCCGUGGUGCAUCACAUGAAGAAGCUGCACAUGAAUCUGCACAGCCCGGGGACCUGCCCAGAGGUGGAGGACAGGCCUCCUGUCACUCAAGUCUUAGAAGUCUCCAGACCCAGCUCCCCCGAGAUCACCAUCACCGAGGCACCUGCCCUGGACCAGAGCGCGGCCCUCCCAGCCCUGACCCGGCUGCCCUGCCAGCACACUCCCUGUCCCUCUGUCCCCGGAGGCAGGUCCCUCAACUGCCUUAUCAACGGCUCCCUCCGCAUCAGCAGCAGCCUGGUGCCUAUGCAGCCGGGACCCCUGGCCACGGGGCCCUGUGGCUGCUGCUCCAGCUGUCUGAGCCUCGGGAGCAAAGGGAAGUCCUCCUACUGCUCUGAGCCCACUCUCUUCAGAAAAUCUAACAAAAAACAGCAUUUCAAAUCAGAGGUCAUGGUGCCAGUGAAAACCAGCGGCAGCUCCCACUGCCGGGCGGGGCAGACCGGAGUGUGUCUCAUCAUGUGAUCCCUGGAGCCUCCGCCUGUGUCACUAUAAUUUUCAGG